GGCUCCAGCAGCGUGCGCUCAAUAUUUUGUAACAUGUCAGUUUUAAAGUUGACGCCGGUGGUGUCUGUCUUCAUUUGUCACAGCGUCUGAAAACGCUCCAGUCUCAAUGAACAAAUAGUGAAAUCUCUUCUUUCUGACACAGUAAGACUUCGUUUCUUUCAGAUGACUCAGGUUAGCUCGGUGGCUAAAUAGCUUGCUAAUGUAGCGGUAGCUGUUUGACCCCAUGGUUUGAAGAACGCUAUCAGAAUGGAGAAUCUAGAGUCCAGUUCAUCAUCAGGCGCCGUGGUAGUCCCAGACAGAGGCAUGGCACAGUCCUCAGCGUCCUCUGGUCAGCUGUUCGAGUCAGCCAGGCCCACCAAGCACAGGGAGCACCCGUCCAAGUCACCAAGGAGACGUAGGAAGGGCACCAAGUCGCAGCGACAGGGGGGCGGUCAUGAACAGCUGCUGGGGGAGAUCGAGCGACGGAGGUUGCCAGGCCAACAUGAGCAUUUGGAGCCCUCUGGCUCGGCCAGCGACACAGCAGAAAGCUCUCCUAAGAGGAGAGCACACUUUCUACAUGGGCCGUACCCAGCCACUCACUUCGGACCCAAAGCCUGUAUUCUUCCCAACCCAACUUCAGUCAUGCACAUCCAGGACCCAGCAAGCCAGCGGCUCACCUGGAAUAAACCACCUGUCAAUGUGCUCGUCAUCAGGAAAAUCAGAGAUGAAAGCCUCGUCGAGCCUUUUAAGGAGCUCUGCAGGUUUCUAGUGGAGGAGAAGCAGAUGAUGGUGUACGUGGAGCGAAGGGUGGCAGACGACGCUACGCUAUCCAAGGACGAGACGUUCGGCUCCAUCCGCAAUCAGCUCUGCACCUUCAGAGAGGGCUAUGAUGAUAUCUCCGACUGCAUAGACCUGAUCAUCUGUUUGGGGGGAGAUGGGACUCUACUCUACGCCUCCUCUCUGUUUCAGGGCAGCGUCCCUCCUGUUAUGGCGUUUCACCUCGGCUCUUUGGGUUUCCUGACCCCCUUCAAGUUUGAGUCCUACAAGACCGAAGUGGCCAAAGUGUUUGAAGGCAACGCUGCCAUCACUCUGCGCAGUCGUCUGAAGGUGAAGGUGGUGAAGGACAUGCUUCAUAGAGCAGGCCAGCAGCAGCAGGAACACAAUGGACUCCUUCCUCAUGGACACACCAACAAUGAGGCCGGGAAGGUCACCCUGCAGCUACAGGUGUUGAAUGAGGUGGUGGUGGACCGAGGUCCCUCCUCCUACCUGUCUAAUGUGGACUUGUACCUGGAUGGACGUCUUAUCACCUCUGUGCAGGGAGACGGUGUGAUUGUGUCCACACCUACGGGCAGCACGGCGUACGCCGCUGCAGCAGGAGCCUCCAUGAUCCACCCUAAUGUACCGGCCAUCAUGGUUACCCCCAUCUGCCCACACUCGCUCUCCUUCAGGCCCAUCGUUGUCCCUGCUGGGGUGGAGCUCAUGAUCACGUUGUCCCCUGACGCCAGAAACACCGCCUGGGUGUCGUUUGACGGCAGAAAGAGACAGGAGAUUCAACACGGAGACUGUAUAAAGAUCACCACGUCUUGUUACCCGGUGCCCUCCAUCUGUUGCCACGACCUGGUGUACGACUGGUUCGAGAGCCUGGCUCAGUGUUUGCACUGGAACGUACGCAAGAGGCAGGCGAGACUGGCCGACGUCUCCGACUCAUCGGACACAGAAAACUGAACCAGCGGGGACUUAUUUAUUUAUUUUUUACACCUGUUAAAGACGUUACUUUAAA